GCGGGGGCGUGGCCUGCCGGCGGCUCGGGGCCUGCGCACCCGCAGCCCGCGGAGGCGGAUGGCGAUGGGCGUCCGCGGGCGCCGGGCCUCGGGGCAGGAGCUGGCCUCGGGGAGCCCGGCGCCAGCCGCAGCGGCUCCCAGCGCCGUGGGCUCCCGCCGCUUCCUGCUCUGCCUCUACCUGGUUGGCUUCCUGGAUUUGUUUGGUGUCAGCAUGGUCGUCCCAUUGUUGAAUCUUCAUGUCAAGUCCCUUGGAGUGAGUCCCAUGGUUGCUGGAGUCGUAGGCUCCACCUACGGUGUUUUGCAGCUCUUCUCCAGCACCUUUGUGGGCUGUUGGAGCGAUGUGGUUGGAAGGCGGCCCUCCUUGCUGGUGUGUGUUCUGCUCAGUGCCCUGGGCUACCUGCUCCUUGGAAUGUCCACCAGCGUGUUCCUGUUCACACUGGCUAGAGUCCCUGUGGGUGUUUUUAAGCACACCCUCUCCAUCUCCAGGGCUCUGCUGUCCGACCUGGUCACAGAGAAGGCGCGGCCACGAGUGCUGGGACACUUCAACACGGCCUCGGGCGUCGGCUUCAUCCUGGGGCCUGUGGUUGGUGGGUACCUGACAGAAUCAGAUGGCGGGUUCUACGUGGCAGCCCUCAUCUGCUGCUCUGUCUUCCUCCUCAACGCUGCGGACUGCACCGGGCAGGCAUUAUUCCAGACCCUGGGCUGCACCUGGCCCUGCGCCUAUCCUCGGAAGUCAAGCAAUAAAAACACCUCGUGCACUGCGGGAACCUUGAGUCUCGUUUGGCUGUUACCUUGGAAAGAAGCAAACCUCGGCAGCCCAGAGAACGGCCGGAGCCUGGAGGAAGAGCACGCUACUGUACCCAUAAAGUCAGAAGGUCCGCUGCAGGGAGCCGACCACUCCCCUGAGGCCGGGAGGAGGAGAGAGUGGAGGCCCUGGGCUGAUGUCAUGUCGGCCCUGAAGGACAUGAAGAACCUGAUGGUUUCUGCCCUGAGGGACGUGUUUCUCGUGCGCCUGCUCAUGGGGGUGGCCGUCAUGCUGUACUACAGUAACUUCGUCUUGGCCCUGGAGGAGCGCUUUGGGGUGCGGCCCAAGACCACAGGGUACCUCAUCAGCUACACCAGCGCCCUGGGUGCCCUGGCUGGCUUCGCCGUGGGCCCUGUGCUGCGGCUGUACGGGCACAACUCACACAGGGUCCUGCUGCACUCCAGCGCGCUCACCUGCCUGCUGCUGCUGCUCUACUCUGCGGCCAGCACGGUGGCCGUGGUGGUCCUCUCCGCCACGCUCCUGUCCUUCUCCACCACCCUCGGGAGAACCUGCGUCACCGACCUGCAGCUGAGCGUGGGCGGGGCGCAGGCCAGCGGCUCCAUCAUCGGCGUGGGCCAGUCCGUGACGGCGGUGGGCCGCAUCCUCGCCCCGCUCCUCUCCGGUGUGGCCCAGCAGAUCAGCCCCUGCGGGCCCCCGAGCCUGGGUGCCGCUCUGGCCCUGGUGGCUAUUUUAAUCAUGUUGCUGAACAGACCUCACUUCUCUGGGCAUGGGGGUAAGAGACUAAAGAGCGAGUAGGAUGGAUUGGGACCCCUUGGAGAAGCAGAACCGCGCCAAUCAGCGGGAGGUCUAAGAGCAGCUGCGUCCGUGUGGGUGUGCACAGGCCCCACCUGCGCAGGCGCGCCUGCAGCGGCACCCUAGAAAGUCAGCAAGGUUCAGGUUGAGCACAGCUCUGCCUGGGCCCCAUGUCGGGAGCUUCUCCGAGAGGCUUCUCGUCCCAGCUGGCUUCAGAGGCACCAUGCUGCAGGAGGUGAAGAUGCUGGUAGAGAGCGGCUUGGUGUGUGGACAGAGGGAAGACCCAGGCUGUGCCUGCUGAAGAGGGGCUGCUGUGUUAAUCACCCGCUGACCAUCUCUGGAAGGCAGGUCCCUCCCACCCCCAUAAGCUCAGAAGCCAAAAGUAGCUUCUCCGCCAGAAUCCAAGGGACCGAAGCAGCUGCUUCUCUUAAACCAGCCUGUUGCCUUCUCAGCCGCUGAGACAUCAGGUGCUGACCCCAGCCCCAGACACAUCUGUGGGCUUUUACACCUGGGCGGCCAUUUCUCACGGAGGAGGAGGAACGCGCUGAGACACUAGUUUUGAUUAAAGUAAAACGUAGAGACCGCACUAUCCGACAGCUGACUGAGUGUGCCCUAAACUUCCUGCUUGCCCCGGUGGGGGCGCACGCACCACCCUUGCCACCGCCCAGGAACCAGAAUGCACUAGCAACAGGCAGCUCCCGGCUGCCUUCUCUUCUCCCUGGGACUAAAUCACUUAGGACUUCGGGAAGAUCCCUGAUCCCAGAAGCCCUGAGACCCGGAGGAAUUGCUAAUAACAUGCUGGCAGCGGAGGAAGGACACAGAGGACUGUUGAAAUAAACUUCUCUACAGAGAGAGGACCAGGGCGUCCAGGCCGGGGAGGGAGAGGUCGGCGCUACUGGCUUGCUGACAGCUGGGGUGACACUGAUGGUUUGUGGGCACUGCAUAGGGGUCACCCCCUCACAGCCAGCACUCACAUCCUUUGAAUCCUCUUGAUCAUUCCUCCAGGAUGUUAUGCCUGGUCUCAACCUAACCUAACGUGUCUGUGAGUGGUAUUUCAACAACUAACUUUUCAUAACUCUAAUGUUUACUGCUUAUAAAUCAGAAACAAAGAAAGUAUCUCAAUAGGUUUAGGUAUGGUGUGCGGGAUAAAUUCAAAUAUGACAGUUAGAGGCAUCUUUUAGCUUGAAUAUCAUCCCUUUCCCCCUCUGGCUGCAAGAAAAUUCAUUUUUAAGCUGUGAAUUUGACAUGGGAGCUAAGAACCCUUAAGGGACCAAAGCAUGGCUUGAAUGGCCAUGGCUCCUCACAACAUCACAGUGUCGUGGGGACUGGGUUCAGGACACUAAAUGGAUUGUCAUGACGUAAUGUUGCAGAAGUGUGUCUCCAAAGACUGUUUGUACUCAAAGACCGUGGGUUUUUCUUACAAGUGCUUACAAUAGCCAUGUUUGUAUUCCCAAAACCAUAGCACUUUAUUUUUUAAGUCAAACCUAUAAAUUUAAUGAAGCUUUAAAACCAGUAAGACGCAUGUAGAUACUGAAAACCCAAAUCAACCAGUAUCUAGAGAAACAUUGUGACCUUCUGUUAGUGACUUGAAGGCUGUGUCAAUGUGACUUUUGUUUGUUUUGUCUUCUUUUUGGUAGCUGCUAUUGCAUAUCUCAUCUUGUCUGGUGUCUCAUUCACAGUGGAGUCUGUCGAUCAUCAUGUCCUGGGAUGUGUCCACACUCCAGGCCCAGCAUAUUGCUGCUAGGGACCACUGUGAGGAGUUGUCUAGCUGAUUUGUUUACACAGAAAGCUUUGGGAGCCAUUCUUUUGAUGAGUGGAAUUUAUAUUUUUUUUUCGGGAUAAAAUCUCAGGGAAAUUAAAUUUGCUCUGUUAA